AUGCCACCACCCACGCUUCUCGCUUCUCCUUCUCUAUCCAUCACCCCAGAACCUCUGACCCGCGAUGCUUUCGCACCUUUCGGCACCGCAGUCAUCCCCCCGCUUCCGCGCUCUGUCACAACCGCCCCAAAUCCUCUCUCCUCACAUCCCAAGCACCCUCUCGUGACAUUUCCUGUGGCAGCAAACCAGCUCUCCGCGCUGAAAUACAGUCCUAUAUCGCCGCUAAUCAAUAACUAUCCAUCUCAAUGCCCCAGCAACCAACCCUCCGAGGCAAGGAUGAGCAUGUUUAGUUGUUUUCCAAGGACGCUGCGGGCCGUCACCAGUACCGGCGAGGGUAAAGUAGGUGGUGCGCAGAAGGUUGUUUUCGAUGUCGGAAUCCUCGAACGACAUCCCUAUACCUCGCAGACAUUCUCCCCGCUUGGUCUAAGCUCGGAUGACAAAAGCGCGUACUACCUAGUCAUCGUGGCGCCAACACUACUUGGCCAAACCGCCACGGCACGGACAGAAGCUGGAGAGAGUGUAUCUAUUCGUGAUCCACCGAAUCUGAGUAAACUCAGGGCAUUUGUGGCGAGUGGGGAGCACGCCGUUACGUAUGGGCCUGGGACCUGGCAUGCGCCAAUGGUAGUUGUGGGUGAAUGUAAGGUGGAUUUUGUGGUCACGCAGUUUGUCAAUGGAGUUGCGGCAGAGGAUUGUCAGGAGGUUUGCUUUGGGGAGGGGAUUGUUGUUGAUCUGAGUGAGAGGCAGCAGAGGGCGCAAGCGAAGCUGUAA